AUGAUUUCCUCCCUGUCAGAGAUGAAGAACGUCAGGUCCCCCCUGGACCGUCUCCCCUUGGUCAUCCAACAGCCUUCCUUCUUUGAGAAUCCGACCCUGCAUCUCUCGUCACGGUCGUCUCUGUCGAUGAGGGGUGCAAGGAAUACUCCCGCGGCGGCGGUGGCGGACGACGCUGGCAGUGAUGCGGAUGCGGAUGCGGAUGCGGAUGAUCCUAGGGAACGAAAGGAUAGCGUCAUGGCCGACGCGGACGUGGACGACUCCGUUGGGAAGAGGUCGUCGUCGUCAUCAUCAUCAUCGUCGAUGGGGAGCGAAGAGAGGAUAAAGGCUACGGUCCGCAAGUUGGUUAGGGAGUUUGAUGAAGAGGGUGAGAGUAGUACCGCGCCUACUGAUGACGAGAAGGCGAAGGCGAAGGAGAAAGACAAGGAGAAGUUCAAGGAAAAGGAGAAGGUGAAGCAGAUGGGGAGGAGGAAGAGAGAGUCCGGGACAGGAGAGACGAUCUCGAGCUCGGAGGCUUCGUCGGGCGGGGAGGGUCGACAGGCCAAUGGUGAGAAGGGCAACAAGAGGCGGCAGACGGCUCUCUUUAUCAAACCAGAGCCCCCUCGACCUUCGCCGCCGACGCCGCCUACUACUACUCCCAAGCCCACCGGCGUAUUCCCGCCGGAGCCAAAGAAGAAGAAGAAGGGCAAGAGCAUGGAGAGAAACAAGGCUACGGGUCAAGAGGGCGAAGGGGACGCCGCCCUUUUGGUCUUGCCAAAGGCGCCGUGGUGCCACCAGAGCGGCGGCUGCCGCCAGAAGCGGGGACGCCGGAGGAGGAAGAUGGCGUGGUUCGCGGCGCGGUCGGUCGAGAGACUGCGUCGGCUUCUCGGUAAGGAGGGUGCGGAAGGGAAGAAGGGGAAGGGGAGGGCGACGUGUCGGAUCUGCGGCGACGAGUUGGGGUUCACGGUGGAGCGGGCGGAGUGGAAGGAGGACAGAGAUGUGGCGGUUGCUGUCGCGGAGGCGGAGGCGGUGGGUACGACGUCCAAUCGUGGGCAGAAGAAGCUGGACGUGGAUUUGGAUGGGCAAGGGUAUGAAGUCGCUCGAAGAUCGGAGGACGGUGUCCGGACCGAGUCGGAUGUGACGACGGCGGCGACGGAAUCACGCUCAACGUUGGCGACGGUGCGUCUCACAGAGAUCCCAGAGGCGUGGUGGACGACAAUGUAG